AUGGACUCACAAUUUGAGAGUUAUCCGAUUUAGGAGAACAAUUAAGAAUUACAAGAGAUGAUUUUAAAAUAACUUUAAUAAUAAGCAUUUACCAAUUACAUUUCCAGUACUCAACAUAAAGAAAGAAUGUUAUUAACUGAGAAUAGUAAAUUGAAGGAAGACAAUUAUAAAUUAUAAGAAAAGGUCAAUAUGCUUGAAAUUAAGCAAGAAGAACUUGUUAAUGAGAUUUAAGAUCUUAGAUAACUUGUAAAAAGAGUGUAUAAUGAAGGAGAAAUCCAUGCUGAAAAAUUAAGAAUGAAGAAUAUGGAAUUAGUACAAUAAAAUGAAACCUUAUCAAAGGGAUUAGAGAAUUUAUAAAAAAAUAUGGAAAAUUUUUCAAGCAUUAAAUAGAUGAGUGAAUUUUUUGAGAAUGUGGAAGAACUAGAUGAAAUAUAUUAAGAAGAUAACUGAAUUUAUAUUAUUCUCAUAUAUAUUAUAUUAAUAUUUAAUUAAAA